GAAAGAUUGUACGAAAACGAUUUAAACGUUGCCUUUACUUAGAUUUAUAUAACUUUUAAUAGCCAGUGCAACCAAUUUGUAUUAAAUAUCUACGAUUCGCUGAAGAAAAAUGAACCAGUUGAGUGUAAUUUGUGUAAAUAUUAUUUUAGUGCAGUUUACUCAAGCUCUUCUGCCAGCUCCUUUUAAAUUUGAAAAACCGCAUCUUCAUGUACGAUCAGAUCAUUUUUAUUUGUCUAAAAACGAAAUCGAAGACGCUGUUCAGAUAGCAAAAAGAUAUACCGGCUAUUUGGAAAAAUUCGAAGAAACAAUCCAAUGGCCUUCUAGAAUUGAGCAAGGUACACCGGCUCAUAGACUGUUUAUUUCGCAAGCUCCCAAUUGGAAAGGAAUAGAACGGGGAAGACAUGCUUUGCUAGCCAUCAAAGCUUCAGCCCAGCUGUCUUAUUACUGUCAUCAAGAAAAGGAAAUAAGUUUGGAGACAUGUAGCAAUAUUUUGCUCCAUUACAAUUUUUAUGAUUCAUCUCUUGAAGAUUUCUGUAGAUAUCUACAAAGAAAUUGCACGACUGUCGAUGAGUUCAGUGGUUUUAGAUCAAUAAACGGAUCAUGCAAUAAUUUUAAUAAAGGAAGUCUUGGAGAAUCAUAUACAGCAUUCGAGAGGUUACUACCAGCCGUUUACUUAAAUAAUUAUGAAGCACCCAAACGCUCUCUUACUAAAGCAACUUUACCGAGUGCUAGAAAAAUUAGUAACGCUAUCAUUAGCAAUAAACCUAAUCCACAUGAGUCUCUUACGAUGGCAUUCAAUCUAUUUGGACAAUUUAUAGAGCAUGAUUUGAGCAGUAUAGCUGUAUCUGUAAUGAUUCAUCGUAACGAUUCCUUUACGUGCUGUGAUACAUAUGGAUAUGAUAUAGCUCCAAGAUACAAGCAUCCUCUGUGUAUGCCAAUUCAAAUUUCUUCAGAUGAUAAGUAUUAUUCUAAAAAGCAUGUGCAUUGUAUGAAUUAUGUUAGAUCGCUGCCUGCUAUGAGAUCAGAUUGUUCAAUUGGAUAUUUAGAACAGCAAAACCAAGCUACACAUUAUCUAGACGGCUCCCAGAUCUACGGUACUUCCGAAGAAGCUUCUUGGGAACUGCGCACCAAAGAAGGAGGAAAGUUAAAAACAAGCAAAAAUAAUUUUCCAUAUGUAUCCAAUAAACCCCAACAACAUUGUCCAGUAAAAUCAGAUGGGGAUAUAUGUUUUGUUUCUGGUGACCAACGACUUAAUCUGCAUCCACAAAUUACUGUAAUGUACACAUUGUGGAUUCGAGAACACAAUAGGAUAGCCGUCGAAUUAUCCAGAGUUAAUAAACAUUGGGAUGACGAAAGAGUCUUUCAGGAAGCUAGAAAAAUAGUAAUAGCAGAAAUACAGCAUAUAACUUAUUAUGAAUGGCUGAAACAUUUAUUAGAUACCAAAUAUUUAACUAUCAUAGAAAAAUUCUCAAAAUAUCGGGAUGAUAUUGAUCCAUCUGUGUCUAAUGCAUUUGCUACUGCAGCUAUACGAUCUAUGUACUCCAUGCUUUCAGAAAACAUCAGCUUCGUCGAUCAUAACCAAAAAGAAAUUUCAGCAUUGAUUCUUCAUAAAUCCUACAAUAAACCUGAGGUUGUAACAAAAGAUGAAAACUUCAAUCUAAUUCUGAGAGGACUUUCCAAUCAGGUGGCACAGAAAAUCAGUAACUUUUAUUCCAAUGAGUUAAGCAAUAUGUUCCUAGCUGACGAUAAUUAUGGAUACGACAUUGUCAGUUUGGACAUUCAAAGAGGUAGAGAUCACGGUCUUCCUGGAUAUAAUGAUUAUCGCAAACUCUGUGGAUUACAAAAGGCAUCUAAUUUUAAAGAUUUUACAGACGUCAUGACCAAUAAUAGUGUGAACAUUCUUUCAAAACAAUAUAAACACGUAGAUGACGUUGAUCUUCUUAUCGGUGGAGUUUUAGAAAAACCGUUGCAAGGAUCUCUCGUAGGACAAACAUUUUCUUGUAUAUUUGCCGAUCAGUUUGUAAGAACCAAGCGAGGAGAUCGCUACUUUUAUCUGAAUUCGCAUCAACCGAAACCUUUUACUCAUUUGCAGUUGUCUGAAAUCAAAAAAAUCACAUUAGCUAGAAUAUUUUGUGAUAACUCAGAUAUGUCGACCAUUCAGCAAAACGUUUUUGAAAAAGUUAGCUCAAGAAGUAGAAAAUGGGACGAAGAAAAAACUGAGAUUUCUAGGGACUUUGGAAUUCCUCCUAACACAUUAUCCUCCUACUUAAAGAAUGAAGAAAAAAUUCUCAACAGUGAAAGUGAGUACGGUAAAGAUCGAAAAAGGUUAAGGGAGCCAGAAAAUCCAAAUUUAGACAGUUGUGUGUUAAAAUGGUUCAAACAAGCUAGGGAUAAGAAGAUUACCGUAAGUGGUCCCCUUAUAAGAAGCGAAGCUGAACAAUUUGCUAUUGAAAUGGGGAAAAACAAUUUUAAGGCGAGUACAGGGUGGCUCGACGGCUUUAAAGAACGCAACAAAACUUCUUUCAAAUCUAUUUGUGGAGAAAGUGGGACCGUUAAUCAGCAAGAAGCCAACAGUAUAGAUGAAAGAGAUAUCUUUAAUGUUGACGAGACGGGUCUCUUUUUUAAAUGCACUCCUGACAAAACGCUAGCAUUUAAAAAUGAAAAAUGUCACGGAGAAAAACUAAGUAAAGAAAGAGUAGAACUCUAG